AUGGCAUCAUUGCCUCCUCCCCCUCCUCCUCCCCCGGGAUGGGGUGCAGCUCCUCCUUCUAUGCCAAUGGCGCCGCCGCCCCCGGGCUACCAGCCGCCGGCCGACCCGAAUGUCGCAAAAUUUGCGCAGAAGAAAAAUGAAUGGCUGCGCACGCAACGCAAUCGGUUCGGCGAGAAGCGCAAAGCAGGAUUUGUCGAAACACAAAAGGCUGAUAUGCCACCAGAGCAUCUGCGAAAGAUUGUGCGAGAUAUUGGCGAUGUUUCGCAGAAGAAAUUUACCAACGAGAAGCGGAGCUACCUCGGUGCGCUCAAAUUCAUGCCACAUGCCGUUCUCAAGCUAUUGGAAAACAUGCCCAUGCCUUGGGAGUCAGCAAGAGAGGUUAAGGUGCUUUAUCACGUCAAUGGCUGCCUGACUCUAGUCAAUGAGACACCGCGUGUCAUCGAGCCUGUCUUCCACGCCCAAUGGGCAACGAUGUGGAUGUGCAUGCGUCGGGAGAAAAGUGACCGAAGACACUUCAAGCGGAUGCGUUUCCCCCAUUUGACGACGAGGAACCACCUCUUUCGUGGUCCGAAAACAUUGAAGAUGUUGAACCGUUAG